GACGAUAUAUAGCAGUUAUUUACUUCGCGACUGGUGCAGAGGUUAAUUCACUGUAACAGACAGAAUUAAAAUAAACAAUAAUGAUUUUGAGAAUAAUUUUCGGUACCGCACUGUGUUCUGUGUCCAUUUUAUUCAGUAUAAGUCAAGCAAAAAUUGCGCCCGACUAUAUUCACCCCUGCAACGAUACCUCAAGAGAAUGUUUGGUGAAAGCAACACAGGACGCUAUCCCAGAAUUUGUGAAGGGCUUACCACAUCUCGGCAUUCCGCCCUUAGACCCUUUCGUUAUCGAGAAACUGUCGAUACCUCUCAGUGGACUGAAAUUCACAUUCUAUCAAGGAAAAGUUUCAGGCUUCAGAAAGUGCAUCGUAGAUAAUAUUAUAUCAGAAUUAGAGAAAAGACAUUUCACAUUAGAGUUUCACUGCAACUUGACUAUCAAAGGACAGUAUGACGCUGUUGGAAAAGUUUUGAUUUUCCCUAUCAACGGAGAGGGUGAUGCUAAAAUAAGAAUACAAAACCUUAAAAUGAAGCUUGACAUCAACACGAAGUAUAUUAAAGACGAUAAAGGAAUUAAUUACUUCGGAAUCAGAAACUAUAAAUACACAUUUAACUACGGCGAUCGGGUCAUGUUUGACCUUACAAAUCUAUUUAAAGAAAGCAAAGAAUUGAGCGCAACAGUGUUAAAUUUCCUAAAUGAAAACUGGAAAACCGUUGCAGAAGAGUUCGGGAAGCCUAUAGUAGAUUAUGCAGUAGAUCUAGCGUUACGGACGGUUGAAAAGUUUUUCUUAGCUGUUCCAUACGAAGAACUUACUAACGUUCCUAUACCGCAGUGAAUUGCCGCCUUUAAUUAAUUUAAUGUCGUUUUAAGAUUAUAAACAUACUGUAUUGAUAUAUAUAAUAAACAUGUAGUACUUAACGUAUUAUUUAAUCAUGAUUUUUUAAGGUGUAACGUAUAUAAUUAAUGUAAAUGAACUAAAUAAAUCGUAGCUUAGACGGUUAAAA